AAAUGAUUCUUUGGGAACACUAACUGCUUUGCGCAUGCGCGAUAGAAAUAUUUGUGACGAACGAAGAGAGCAGUUAGUUGAGUUGGGCGCCAGAGCUCCGCGUGGUCAGUUGGAUAGUUGGUGUGACAGUAACAAGAAAGAGGAAGGAUCCAUAAGCCAGGAUAUAAAGAACAAUGGCACUCUUCCAUUUCAGUCCAAAACGUUGUUUGGAAGUUCAGAAGAUAACUUCGACCAUAUUCUUAAGAUCAUUGAGCGAUGCCUCCACCGAUCUGAAAAAGGUUCUGGCUGAUAAAAUUCCAAAGGAACAGGAGCGUGUCAAGGCUUUCCGUAAACAGCAUGGAUCCACCAAAGUUGGAGAGGUCACCGUAGACAUGAUGUAUGGUGGUAUGCGUGGAAUUAAAGGACUUGUAUGGGAACCGUCGGUCCUGGAUCCUGAAGAAGGUAUUAGAUUCCGAGGAAAGUCGAUUCCAGAAUGUCAGAAGCUUCUACCAAAAGCUAAGGGUGGUGAGGAACCGCUUCCAGAAGGUUUAUUCUGGCUUCUGAUUACUGGCGACGUUCCCACGGAUGCCCAAGUGAAAGCAGUCUCUCAAGAAUGGGCCUCCCGAAGCGCAUUGCCUGAUCACGUAGUCAAAGCUCUGAACAACUUCCCCAAGUCGCUUCACCCCAUGACUCAAUUCUCCGCCGCUAUUACUCUUCUAAAUAGCGAGAGUGAAUACGUAAAAGCAUAUACGGGAGGUGUACACAAGUCCAAAUAUUGGGAAACCGUUUACGAAGAUUCGAUGAAUUUGAUCGCUAAACUACCCGUAGUGGCUGCCGCAAUCUACAGAAAUAUUUACAAGGGUGGUAAAGGCUUGGGAUCCGUCGAUGCGGGAAAAGAUUGGUCUUGGAAUUUCGCGAACAUGCUCGGUUACGACAACCCACAAUUCAUCGAACUUAUGCGCUUAUACCUAACGAUCCACUCUGACCACGAAGGUGGAAAUGUAUCUGCACACACAACUCACUUGGUAGGUUCGGCAUUGUCUGAUCCGUAUUUGUCAUUUGCUGCUGGAAUGAACGGCUUGGCUGGUCCUCUUCAUGGUCUUGCAAAUCAAGAAGUGUUGGUAUGGCUAGAAAAGUUGCGCGCUCAAGUUGGAGACAAUCCCAGUGACGAUAAGCUGAAGGAGUUUAUUUGGAAUACGUUGAAGAGCGGUCAAGUCGUUCCUGGAUACGGUCAUGCCGUACUGAGAAAGACUGAUCCUAGAUAUACAUGCCAGAGAGAAUUUGCAUUGAAACACUUGCCGGAUGACAAACUAUUCAAGCUUGUUUCCCAAGUAUACAAAGUAGUUCCACCCAUUCUUUUGGAAACUGGCAAGGUAAAGAACCCAUGGCCAAAUGUAGAUGCUCAUUCGGGAGUUUUACUGCAAUACUAUGGAAUGAAAGAGAUGAACUAUUACACCGUCCUGUUCGGAGUAUCGCGUGCCCUUGGUGUUCUGGCGUCCCUUGUCUGGGAUCGGGCUCUCGGUCUUCCCAUAGAAAGGCCCAAAUCUCUAAGCACUGAUCUUCUCAUGAAAUCCGUCAAAGCCUAAACAAUUCUAUUUAUGAAAAAUCGAUGUCACCUUUUAAGUUUGUGACACACCAUCAUCAUAAUUUCAAAAGUAAAGAACUGACUGCUUUCUAUCAUAGUGAAAAUGUUAUUAAUGCACAGAAAGGUGUAAUCUUCUUGAGCUCAUUUCGAAUUCAUUUUAAAUGACUUCAAGGAAGUCGUUUUAAUUGUUGAAUCUUAUUAAAAAAAUGUAAAAUUAGGUAUUAAGACAAGUAAUCGUCUCACGUAACGAUAUGUGCUUCGAAUGUAAACACAUUAAAAAUAGGUUUCGCAGUUUAUUGUAUCGCAAAAACUUUUGCCUACAUCUUUUAAUAACAUGUUCAUCCAUCUUUUUCUGUUGACAAUACACAUUUCGUGUAAAUGAGGUAGAGUUUUUGCGAUAUAAAACAAGCUACGAAAAAUUCAUCCGUUAAAUAUAGCUUAACUGCCAAGCCCUUUAAAAAGAUGUAAUAUGCCCAUUAGCGGUAAACACAAUUCAUUGUAAAUAUAUUUGCCACUUUGUUUAACUUAUAGAGCGGCGAUUUUAGAAAUAAAAAUGACGUAAUUCAUUAUACAGUUAGUAAAUCAUUAAAACGUUCACUACAAAGCUAGAUGUGCGUAGUGAAGGUUUUUCAAAUAUUGUAAAUUGAACAGACACUGCCAAAAAAAUAUCAGAAAUUUUAGAAUAUACAUUGAAUCACAAUAAUUAUCUUUACGGCUAUUAUUACGUGGUUAUGAAAUACCGUUUUACCAGCAGAAGUCUGCAAAAUAUAAUGGUCCUUAGUAAAAUAUGUAAAAUAGAAAAUAAAUAGAGCUAAUAAAAUAUGUAAAAAAUGUUGCAGUGUUUGCGCACCAGUUGUUGAUUUUAGAUUCUUUAAAAACAUUAUAAACUUGGCUCAAUCACAUCGAUCUACUUCGGUGAACUUAAAUUUAAAAAAAUGAUGACCAGUGGUAAACCCACUGUUACAAGAAUGAGUGAGUGUGUGCGAUACUUUAUUUAUAAAGAACGUGAAAAUAAACGAAUCUUUCAAAAUUA